AUGUCGCGGCGUGACCUGGCGGGGAUGAUGGGCGGGAUGGCGGUCAGCCACAAUCCCUAUUUCACCACCGACCCCAUGCAGUUGAGGGGCGAGAUAUUGAGGACGACCAUUAUUAAGGGUCCCAAAGGGCUCGGCUUCACGUUGAUCGGGAAUGACGCGAGUAGUAAAGGGGAUGAAUUCAUUCAGGUGAAAUCCAUCCUUGCCGGAGGUCCAGCUGCGUCAAAUGGUGUCCUCCAGCCGGGCGAUGUCCUCGUCAGGGUCAACCAGAAUUUGCUGCUUGGCGCGACACAGGCGGACGCGUGCCAGAUCUUCGUCUCAAUCCCGCAGGGCGAGCCUGUCGACCUGGAAGUGUGCCGUGGCUACCCGCUAGUAAUCGACCCAGCCAACCGUAUCGUCACCCAAUCCGUCUACGAUGGCCAUCGCAAUGACGACCUGUUCGACAUCUCCAUCACCAAGGGCACCGAGGGGUUCGGCUUCACCAUUGCUGAUAAUGCUAAUGGCCAGCGCGUUCGGAAGAUCAUCUACCCGGCGCAGUGCCCGAACCUACUGGAGGGCGACGUCAUCUGCGAGCUGGACGGGCGGGACCGCCACAAAGAAUCGGUCUCGAACCCCGGUCGCAGGUUUCCGAUGGACCAGCCUUUCAACCACAUGACGGUUAAUUUGAUUCGAAAACCACAAGGUUUUGGCUUCAGAUUGUUGGGUGGGAAUGAGACCGGCACCCAGCUGACGGUUGGCCAGAUUGUACCUGGCGGGGCUGCAGCUGAUGAUGGACGGCUGAAAGAAGGUGAUGAGAUCAUGGAAAUCGACGGUGUCAGCGUGGAGGGAGCGGCGCAUGGAGAUGCGGUUGGACUGCUCGAAAAGGCCGCGCGGCAGCAGCACGUUAAGCUGCUGGUCAGGAGGCAUCAGAUGAAUGGCAUCGACAGCGCCCGUUCCGCCUCACUUCCCCCUUCCAUGAGCCCACAUGCCGGAAAUAUUGCCCAGGAGUACGACGUAGUACUCGAACGCCAAGAAACCGAGGGCUUCGGCUUUGUCAUCCUGUCCAAUAUGGUGCGGAGAGCCUCCAACAUUGGCGAGCUAAUCCCCGGUUCGCCGGCAGCGCGCUGUGGUCGUCUACGGGUGGGCGAUCGGGUGCUGCGAGUUAAUGGGAAUGACAUUGCUGGGCUGCCGCAUGCGGAUAUCGUCAACUUGAUCAAGAACGCCGGCCUAACCGUCCGCCUUACCGUAUGCCAAGACACCGGCCCGGCGAUGCCGAAAGGCGCCGCGGGACCCACCUAUGCCCCCAGCUACUCGCACCCCACGCCCGUAUACGGUGGCUACAGCACUAUACAACAGACACCAUCACACUCAACCCUGCCCCCUCCAAUCCACUCCGCCAUGCGCAGUAAUGGCUAUUCGCCAUACGACGCUGCCCCUCCCGGCCACCAGGAGGACGACCUGAUGGUGGAGCUGGAACGAGGGACGCGGGGCUUCGGCUUUUCGAUUCGAGGAGGCCACGAGUUUGGCAAGAUGCCGCUUUUCGUGCUGCGGAUCGCUGAGGACGGCGCGGCAGCUGCGGAUGGACGUCUUCGUGUCGGCGACCACUUGGUGGAGAUCAACGGCACCGAUACACGUGGUCUCUCCCAUGAAGAAGCCAUCAACCUCAUCAAGCAGCACCCAACUGUACGGCUACGCAUCGCCCGCCAUCGACUACCCACGCAU